AUGAGAUUGAUUCUUCUGCUCCUGGGGUGUGUGUGGGUGUGUGAAUGUUACCCUAAUGGUCAAGUUUCAUCCAGUUGUGAUAACUUGACUCCUUCUCAUGGAAGCUCAGCUCAGACUAGUGCGCCUCCGUACACUGUUACAGCCGACACCAGCAGCUAUAAACAAGGAGACACCAUCACAGUGACUCUAAGUGUGACCUCCGGGAGUUUUAAAGGGUUUCUCCUGGAAGCGAGGCAGGUGGGAGGGAGCAGCGCUGUCGGUUCCUUCAGUCUGGUGGGCUCUGACUCCCAGCUCCUCACCUGCUCUGGAGUGUCUAACUCUGCGGUUUCCCAAACUUCAGGGUCUUCAAAAACACAAAUCCUAAGUAAAUGGAAAGCACCAACAUCUGGCAACCUCGGCAACAUUGAAUUCAGAGCCACAUUUGUCCGUAAUGGUGCCACCUUUUGGGUAGGAGUGAAGAGCUUACAGAUCACCUACAGCGGCACAUCGACUGUUGUCACCUCCACCAACUCCACCACUUCGACCCUCUUGACCCCAUCCUCCUCCAGCAUCUCCAGUUCAGACUGUGGGAUCAGUAAGACGUGUGUAAGUCGGCCGUCUGGCUGCGACCCUUCCACCAACUCCAACUGCAUCUUCAUGUCUUCCAUGCGCAUGUCCUCAGGGUGCAUGUUCGAGAUAUCGGGACUUUCAAAUGGCUACGUCUCCAUCGGCUUCUCAGAUGACACGAAGAUGGGAAAUGAUGACAUCUACAUAUGUGGGAAGGAUGCAAAUGGUGUGAUCCAGUUACAGCACGCAUUCUCAACAGGAACUACAACACCAACCAUCACCAACCUGGGAAAUGUGACCGUGCUCAGUACAGCACAGAAUAACGGAGUGAUCAGCUGCUCCUUCACAUGUAUGAACACAAUCAGCACCACCAGGAGCUCCACCCCAUCUAACAGUUACUACAUCUUCCUUGCCACUGGCGCCACCAGCAACGGUGUGAUCCAGAUUCACACCACUACACCUGUAAUCAGCAGCACUAAAGUGGACAUCAGCAGUGUGCAGAUAGUGGAGAGUCAGUCAGAGCUCGCACCCAUCGUUAAAGCGCACGGGUGUCUGAUGUUGAUUGCGUGGAUGACCACGGGCAGUAUGGGAAUGCUCAUCGCUCGCUUCCUAAAGAGAGCCGCCCCGGGUCAGAGGCUCUGCGGGAAAGACUUCUGGUUUGUGGCUCAUGUAUUACUGAUGUUGCUCUCCGUUGUGGCGACCAUCAUCGCCUUUAUCCUGAUAUUUUCAUACGCACAGGACUGGAGUGGGGGAGCUCAUCCUGUUCUGGGCUGUCUGGUGAUGAUCCUUAGUCUCACCCAGCCAAUUGGGGCGAUGUUCCGCUGUGCACCACAGGAUGGAGCGAGAUUUAUCUUUAACUGGAUUCAUGCUCUCAAUGCAUUAGCCAUUAAAGGGUUGGCAGUGGCUGCGAUCUUCUCCGGCCUCAUGUUGGCCGACAGCUCACCCACUCAGUGGAUGCCGAAGGUGAUGGGUGGAUUCGUGGCCUGGGAAGCGCUGCUCUUCCUCUGCCAAGAUCUUUACCAUAAAUGCAGGGAAAAAGAUAUAGAUCAAAGCGAUAGUGGGACGGGUACUGGAGUGCACCUGUUGAUGCUGUUUUUUUUGGGAAACCUGGCGUUCCUGGUGGCUCUGCUUGUCGGAAUUGGAACGGCGUAAUUAUGGAAUUCUUAAACUUUUUUUUUAUGUUUAGGUUUUAAACAGUUUCUUUCCUCGGGAAUAUAAAGACAUUUCUGUGCAUUUGUGAUAAUAAUUUAGAAACUGUUACAUGUUGUUUGCUUGUUUUAAAGCCAAUUGUCUGAUUUCAUUUCCCAAACAAUACU